GUUACAGAUCCCUGCCGAUCUUGGUUACCUCAAAGGAUUGUUCCCAGCACAUAUUGCAGGCACUGAUGCGGCGAUGGUGCAUGGAUGUAUAUGCCUGGUAUGCGCUAUUGCAUAUCACUUCUAUUGGUUCUAUUCAGCUGCAGACCCAGCAAUCAAAUACCUCUGGCUGCAGUUGUUCGCCGCACCAGAUUGGACAUCAAGCCGAUCUCCAUUUUAGGACGAGUGCAUGUUUAUCGCCUCGUUUGUGAUCGCAGUGAUAUGGAUCUAUCCAGGCCGAUUCAGGAUGUCCCAUUUUGGCAGUCACCAUAAUGGUAUCCGAAGGAGAAAGUUUGCGCACUAACAAACCACAAUUUACGCUUUUUGACAUCUGCAUCUGCCUGAUCCAUUAUAUAAAGUGUACCGAUAUGAAUCUCCAUCAUCACAGCACUCGUCCAAAUGUCCUCAGCAGUCCUACCGUCCCGAGAACGAUGCAUUCAUGCCACUGACAACAUCCAACAAUGUCAGUGUCCAUGGUUCGCGUCGCUUCUGUUAGACCCGCACAUCUGUGGUCGGUGCGGACACGGCAUCCACACUCAUGUCGACUAUGUCUCCAUGGUCGUGAAUCACUAUCCUCCGACUCAGUGCGCUGCAUAUGUCCAAAAGACGCCUUUGACGCAGUGUUGUACCUGUGAAACUUGGCUUUAUGAUCACGUCGCCAUCAAUAACCCGUUUCGUCAUGCGGAACCGUGGAACGUGUUGGACAAUUUCGCAGAAAAUAAUGACGCUUCGCAUGGUGUCGACGCAAUCAACCAUCCCAACGACGCUAUUAACGGCCCUUUCACACCCUUUUCACCCGUCCAUUCCGAUAUCGACGCCUCUUAUCACGACGCGAACCUCACCCCGAGCACUGCCGCGCCCAUUUUCUCCCCCAUUCCCCGCCAUGCAUUUGGCACCUACAAUGAUGCGGGCAACGUCCCACUCACUCCACACAUGUCCUCUCCUUCGGCCAGUAACACCCC